CUCCCAAACUAUGGCCGAUAAUGGACCAAGAAAUUACGUCACUGGCACCGAUCAUUAAACUCGACGACAUUAGAUGUACUAUUCCCACGAGUAAUUUUGUCUUUGUUCUUGUCUUUGCAGGAUGUCGAAUUUCCAACGAACGCGCAGUAAGGUAUGGUGGGGUGAUUCACCUCCGAACAUCGGGAGUCCAGUGGCUCAGCAGCCGGACUGGAACCAAAACAAUCGUAGAGAUGAACCCGAGUGGGAGCCUCAGCUGCCUCAUUGGAUUGCUAAUCAGCACGAGCAACAAAAGAACAAUAGCGUAGAUAAUAUUGCGCAACCGAACAAUGUGCAAAUAAACCAAUGGCCUUUACGCCACGGCAGUCCUGGCAGUCACAAAAGCCAAGAUUCCGGAUUUUCAGAUUCGGAUAGUUCCCCACCGCCAUCUCAGUAUUAUCCGGAAAGUAAUGAUUCUAAAGACAAAUCAUCUAGUAGCAGCGAUUCAAAUAAUAAUGAGAAUGUGACUAUUAAACUAGCGCCCGAGUAUAAUACUCCAUCUAAGGAUGUCGUUGAUAGUGUAAAGGAAUCGGAUACUAUCAAUAAUGGAGCUCCAACCCCCAAACCUCGUCUGCGAAGUAGUAGUGUCAUACAAACACCUUACGACUUACAAAUGUACUAUGAAAUCCACCAUGACGAGGAACAUAUGGAGCUUCUAAAAGAUGAAAUUUCAGAAAGUGUUUGUUGUAAACAAGAGAAAAGUAUAACACUGAAAAAUGUUGUCAACGAAAAAAAUAACAAUGAUAAAAAAUGUAGAAGUAACUUAGCUAAAGUAGAUAACUCAAACACUAACUCGAAAUCUGAGAUUAAGGAGGUGGAAAUAAAAGUUACAUCUCCCAUUACUAAGAACAAUAAUGUAAACGGAAGUGCAAUAAUUAAUGAAACCAAAGAUAUCACACCGAAAAAUAUUAAUGUUUUAAGCCCAUCCAAAAAGUAUCCUAUCAUAAAAUCAUUUGUAUCCAGCAUAGAAACUGAUAGCACCAAAAUUAGUAAAGUAGCUAAAGUAAAAGAUCUAGAAACUAGCAAGAAUAAAUCAGAUGAAAGCUUGGAAAUUAUCAAGUUGUCUAAUAAUAACGAGAUUGCAGUCAAUAAUCAACCGAGAGUUCGAACGCCGAUAUCAAACAUAUCUUAUACUUCCACCGAGAGAAUCGCUGCUACCAAAGCUGAUUAUAGAAGGAGUUUAUCAAACGAAGAAAACAUUCCCGUCGACACAACACCAAGAUUCGAAAGAAAUAGACUAAAUAAAUCAUUGAACUUUGAGGCCCAGAGAUUAGAUCAACAGAUAUUAGAUAUCCAAGAGGGCUAUCACUCAUUAAGUUAUAUAGAUGAAGAUAUUAUUAACGAAGAACUGGAAAUCCCUACUGAAGACAUACAUAAACCAACCAAAGCUUUACUGGGAAAGAAUAUAAUGGAUAGUUUACAUCUGAAACCAAAUAAGAAAAUAGGGCCAAAAUCUAAACACCGUAAUGCGACAAAAAUCGACAAAAAAGACCUAUUCAGGAUAUUUCCUUCAAAGAAAGAUAAAUUAAGUGUUGUAGAAACACAUGCUGGAGGCAUAUUGAAUGGAAGCAGAGUACCAUCUUUAGGAUUGCCAAGAACUGCAGAACAUCAUUCAUGGGUGCUGGUUGGCCAUCCGGAACAAGAAGUACUGAUACCGACGUAUAACGAGCGGUUAGUGGAUGCGGAAACAGAUGUCACUGUAAAUACUAAUACAGAAGAAGACCUUAGUUAUCUCAAGAAUAGAAGGGUUACACCACCGCCUCAAUUCCAAGAUAUAAAGAAGAUACCAAACGAAACAGACUUGAUUACAGACAAAAAUUUAACACACGAUUCUAAAAGAGAAAAAUUAAAAGAUAUCGAAAUCAAUUUCGCCGACGUACAAUUGAAUCUGGCAUGUACGUCUACACCGAAGAUGUUAGCUCCUCACGAAUACAUGAACAGUGAUACACCAAAGAGCGUCAAGAAAAAUACUCGUAGAGUUAAUUUAUUACAUAACUUUAAUACCAGCGGGAUAGUGCUAAAUAACCAGAACGAGAUUUUAUAUAGAGAAAGAAGUAUCGAUCAUACAAAUUUGGAACGAAUGUGUGAAAGGAAACCAGAGCCUGUACAGCAUUGGCUUUGUGACCUUGUGGGGUCUUGUGAAAACGAAUGCAUGACGACUCUACAAAGUAAACCCUUGGGCACUGAAAUGAAAGCAUUAGUCACUGCCAGCUCAGCCACCAUCACAGGCAAUAUCAAGAAAGUUCAAACGCACGGACAGAUCAUUAUUCAUCAAUAUAGCGACGUUUUGAGGCAAAUUGAUACGAACAAAAUAAGCGAAGAGCAAAUAUGCUUAUUGGUGGCUAAUAUAAACGAAUUCGUGUUAGCUCACAGCAUAACUCUUAAUACCAAACCUCCCGGUGAAAGCCCAGAAAGAUGGGAUAAAAUAAAGAAAUCACUACAGUUGUAUCUGCAAAAACUAAUAGAUAUUGGUGAAGAUGUGAAGGUCGAACUCAACGAAAGUCGACCGGAAUGGAGUUUAGUACAAAAACACCUGGAUACGUUAAUAGGAAUAUUUUUGGAGACAACGAAAGCUGUUUUGGUACAACAAACAAAGACGCUUGUGUCGAUAAUCGAGGAGCCACCAUCAGACAUGCUACUCAAAAGCACUUUGACCUCGAUCGGCCAUCUUGCUAUGUUGAGCGAAAAUACCGAGAAUUCACUGCACGAGAAAUGCGCUAAGAUCAUGAAAAACAUCACGGAAUUACCUUUCGUCGACUGCGGGGUGCCUAGGGCUUUACUCAUCGCUAUCAUAGAGACCAAUAAGAGCUCAAUCAAGGCUCUCUCUUUGAGAGCUUUAGCGACAGUUUGUGUAACUGCGGAUGCUGUCAAGCAAUUUGAAGAGGGAGGUGGUAUAGAGAUUCUUUCUGAUAUUUUAUCUGAUCGCUCUAAUCCGGAGCCUCAAAUGCGGGAAGCCAUAACGGUUCUAACACAGAUCACUGCUCCAUGGCUCCGCGGCCAUUACGACCUCAACCAACUGCAUCUGUAUUUGAACACCAUAGUCGAAAAUAUCACUGGUCUCUUAUGUCGCACGGAGUGUUGCCAGCUGUUAUUAUUGUGCACUGCUUGUCUCGUCAAUUUAGUCCGAGAGUUGGAAUUGGAAAAGAGAGAGGAUGAUGCUAGUGCCACCAAGUCUGAUAUAGUUGAAGUGUUCAAUAAACAUAAGACCGUCGAACGAUUGCUCGAAGCAGUAAGGAAACGUGGCCCGAGCAUAUCAAUAUUUUUACAAGAGCAGACGGGUUCGUUCCUCGCGUCGCUGUGCAGGAUCCCGCGCUGCGUGCUGCCCUUGUCCCGGCCAGCGGCGGUGAGCGCCGCUCUGGUGUGCUUCACGCGUUGCGGCCCGGCGGCCGCGCACACGCAGCGCGCCGCCGAGCAACGCGCGCAGGCGCGGCUGCACUGUCACGCCGCCGAAGCUAUAUCAAGAUUGACUGUAAUACCAGAAGUGGCACACCAAAUAAUACAGCUGGAAGGAGUUCCUCAUCUUACCAAAUUGGUAAGGACGCAGAGAACUCGCCCGCAGCUCAACCCGGGCCCGAACGAGAUCAACCCUGACCAAACCCUGAUCCACUGCCUCAAGGCCCUGAGAAACAUCUACAGACACCACCCGGAAGCUUUCCAAGAGUACCAGAAGGACGUAGAUGAUAUGAUCCGACCACAUUUAAUGGAAUCUCUCAUGUUGUUUUCGGCUAAACAGGAGAGUUAUGUUUAAUUUUAUCAGGUUGCAUUCGCUGGAGUUCUUCCACGAUCACACCGAUUUUAUUUAUAGCUCAUGAGACUUCUUACUGUAGUUUAUGAACCAAAAAAGCUGUUUAUAUUAGACGUUAAAGGAGCAUAAGUAUAAAGUAUAUUUUAGGUACUACCUAUUUCGAUAAAUAGUGACAUGACAAUGUUAUUGCAGACUGCUCCAUCUAAAAGAAUCAAUUCAAAUUCUGCAAAUCUAACCGUUCUUAUAUUUCUUCUCAAGCUUUGUACAUACAAAAGCUUUAUUUAAUAAAAUAUUUAGCUUUGUAAAAUAUGCUUUUUUAACACCUUUUUUUAACGUGACUUUUAUUUUGUUUUAAGUACUGUCAACGGCACAUCAUCUUGUACUAAAAGUGUCAAGUUUCUGCACUUGACCUUAAACUUUAACACAUGCUGGUAGAGUUAAAAUCAAUUGUGUAAAUUUGACUUUUUUUGUAACACGAUGUGUUAUUUUUUGACAUACGUUUACAUUUUUUACUAGUAUUAAAAAGAGGCCAUACUUUUUGCUAGUCCUUAACUCAUGUAUUAAUUAUUCUUUUAAGUACGGAAGGAUUGGCUCCAAUCUUUUAUUCUUUUCAUAUAUUUAUUCGGAGAAUACGAGACCAUUUGAGUCGGACUUAUUCCCUCUGAAUUAUAUCCAUUCAUACUUUGAACCUCGAAUAUACCACCUUAUAUUAGAAAAGUUGAUAAACUUAAAACGUAGAUAAGUAUAUUAAAAACUGUAAAGAUAUAUCUUUAUAAUACUUAAUGAGAUGUGGGAGUAUACCUACUACUUAUUGUUAUUCUAUUUACAAAUGAAAUAUAUCCUUAUUAUGAUGUGA